AUGACGACGACCGCGGGCUUCAGCCACAUGGACCCGGCCGACCAGACGCACGGCGUCGCGGCCUGGACCAAAGUAGACGUGGACUACUCGUCCUUCGGCCGCAAGAUGUAUACCCGGCAGGUCCACGACGCCCGGGGUCACGAGGACGACUUCUCGGUCGACACCUCCGGGUUUGCCGUCUAUAACUAUCCGGCCAAGGAGAAGCUCUUUGUCGACGACGAGGCCGUGCGGAACGGCUACUACGCAGAGGUCGAGGCCCUCCUGAAGGACAAGCUGGGCCCGGGCGUGAAGAAGGUCGUCAUCUUCGACCACACGAUCCGCCGGCGGCUGCCGGGGGCGGCCCGCGCCCCCGUGCAGGCCGUGCACGUCGACCAGACCCCCGCGGCCGCGGACGUGCGGGUGCGGCGGCACAUUGCGGACCCGGACGAGGCCGAGCGCCGGAUCAAGGGCCGGUACCAGCUCAUCAACGUGUGGCGGCCGAUCGAGAACGCCGCGUCGGACCACCCGCUCGCCGUCAUCGACUGGCGCUCCACCAAGCCCGAAGAAUUCGUCCCCGUCAACCUGCUCUACCCCAAGCGCAAGCCCGGCGACGCGGACGACGACGACCGCGGCAAGGAGGUCGCGCCCGACAGGUCCACCUGGGCCUCGACCGAGGGCUACGAGGCCCGCGGCGAGACGAUGCGCGUCCUGCCCAGCGAGGACCACCGGUUCUACUACGUCAAGGACAUGACCCCCGACGAGGUGCUGCUGCUCAAGUGCUACGACUCGCACGGCGAGGGCCGGCCGGACGGCAGGCAGGGCGUCGCGCUGAGGACGCCGCACUCGGCGUUUGAGGACCCCAACACGCCAAAGGACGCGCCGCCCCGGCAGAGCAUCGAGGUGCGGUGCUUGGUGUUUUAUGAGUAA